CCCGCCUAUUUAUAAUUAUUAUCCUCGGUUGACGUCGUAUUCUUCUCCUCUUCCGACAACUCAUCGCCUUUCUCUUAUCUAUUCCUUCCUUUCCCUUCUUCUUUCUGUUCAGGAAAUUUGACUGAGACUGUGCACCCCUACCCCUACCCCCUGAUGCUAUCCCGGUAACGGAGCCGCCGGAGACCAAGAAAGAUACCCUAGCAAGCCUGCGAAGAUCGCGAGAUGUGGUGGUGGGCCAUUUCCUUUCUUGUUGCUCUCUGGGGACCGUCUGUUGCUCUCGCCGAGACGGAUUUUAUAGACAAGAGGUCCAGUGUGGCCAAGGAUUAUACGGGACAAGGGGGACCGCCAGUGCCCAAGUAUUUCAAGGAAUCUUCCUUCCAUUAUCACUAUGACGGACGCUUUGCCACUAAUCCCCUCCCUGAGGAAGAAACAGGUCCACAUUUGGCCGCCCUCGUCCGAACAUACCUUGCAACAAUGGCCGAAAUCAGCGCGGAGACGUGGCUCAUGCACGGGUCGCUUUUGGCUUGGUGGUGGAACCAAAAAAUCUUUCCCUGGGACAAUGACCUGGAUGUUCAAAUAUCGGAACCUACAAUUCAUUUCCUCGCCGACCACUAUAAUAUGACGGAACACCAUUUCGACCUCCCUGGCGUUCCAGGCGGACGAACAUACCUUCUCGAUAUCAACCCGCACUAUGUGGUCCGGUCCACAUUGGAUAGACGGAAUGUGAUCGAUGCGCGAUGGAUUGACACCUCCUCCGGGCUAUUUAUUGAUAUCACUGCCAUACGCGCGGACGAUGACCGACGCAACCGAGGCCAAGCUGGAGCUCUGAUGUGCAAAGAUGGCCAUCGAUAUGAUGAGACAGAGAUCUUUCCCCUCCGAAACAGCUAUUUCGAGGACUUUCCCGUAAAGGUCCCCUAUGCCUAUACCAAGCUGCUGCAAGAAGAAUACAGCUACAAAUCCCUGACCUCGACAAAUUUUCAAGACCAUGAAUUCAACGAAGAAACAAAUAUUUGGGAGAAGAUCAAGUCUUCUUCUAUCUCUCACGUCAUCUUCGUCAUGUCGUUCUCACCGCAGCUCCAACCCACCGAUUUGGGUAUCAACCCCUCGGGCUCGACUUCAUUAUCUCCUCUCGAUGAUAUGAAUGAUACUGCUCCUGUCUUGGCUACCACCUCCCAGCAGGCCCCUCAGGACUUCACGGCUCUGCGAAGCUGCAUCACCUGUCGGAGAAGGAAGGUCCGCUGUAACAAACGAACACCUUGCUCGAACUGUGCCAAGGCUGGCGUCGAGUGUAUCUUUCCCCCACCAGGUAGGGCACCGCGCAAGUCGAAACGCCCACACGAUGCAGAAUUGCUGUCGCGAUUGCGCCGGCUCGAGGGUGUCAUUGAACACCUGAGUGAGAAGAAAGGUGGAAUGGUGAAUGCGAAGGUACCUGAUACUUUAACGCCAACGUCGCCACAACAACGCAACGACCGAUUGCCUGGUAACGAACCUAGCCAACCGCAAAGUGAUGAUGACAAUGAAUCGGGUUGCCCAUUAACGGCUGACCCGGUUAAGCUGCCUAAACAGCAUGCAUUGGAACAUGAGUUUGGGAGGCUUGUGAUUGAUGAGAACCGAAGCCGAUAUGUCGAGGAAUUACAGGAUAUUCUGGACCCCUCAUCUUCGGAUGAAGACGACCAUCCCUCUCCUGGGUCGUCCUCCAGUCAUUCUACAAACCAUGACGGGUUUCUCUUCGGAUUCUACUCGCUUUCACACUCCCUUCGGUCUUUCCACCCGCACCCAACCAAAAUCCCGAUGCUGUGGAAGAUCUUUACGGAAAAUGUCAUGCCGUUGAUUCCUAUUGUAUAUGGGCCUACAGCUCAACAGCUUUUUACCAAGGCUGCGCAGACCCCAGAUGCCUUGGAUAAGAAUAACGAAACCCUGGUCCUCUCCAUGUACUUUGCUGCUAUUGUUAGUUUGUCGAACGAGCAGUGUGUAUCUGUCCUCGGAGAGGACCGUGACUCUGCAGUCACCCGCUAUCGGUUCGCGGUGGAGCAAGCCCUCUCCAAAGCCAACCUUCUUAAUACGCAGAGCUUGACGCUAUUGCAGGCCGCUGUGCUCUUUUUGAAUGCCGUUCGACGAGACGAUGAUACCAAAUUUGUUUGGUCAAUGUCUUCUCUUGUCCUGCGUCUCGCACAAGGACUUGGCCUGCACAGAGACGGAACCAACUUUGGCUUGAAGCCCUUGGACACCGAAAUGCGUCGACGGCUGUGGUGGCAUAUUCUAUUGUUGGAUCUUCGGUCUUCCGAGGAUCACGGAACUGAUGUGCAGAUUCACGACCGAAUGUAUGAUACGCGGCUUCCGUUAAAUAUUAAUGAUAGUGAUAUCACACCUGAUAUGCAGGAACCACCUGCAGAGCGAGAUGGGUUUACUGAAAUGACUUUCUUCCUCAUUCGAUGCGACAUCAGUGUCGCUCUACGUCGGGUAAGCUAUACAUGUCCGAACCCAACUGGCGCGGCUUCUGCACACCAUCAAAGAUACCCAGGCAAAUGUGGAAAUGUCAUUCAAGCCGUCAACAAACGCGUAGAGGAACGGUAUAUCAGGCACUGUAACAUGAGUAUCCCCAUCCAGUGGGUGUGUGCUACCAUCGCCCGGCUCGUCCUGACGAAAAUGUGGCUUGUCAUUCACCAUCCGAUGACUCGCCCGGAUCUUGGAGCAGAGAUGACCAACGCAACUCGAGAAAGCUUAUUCGUUACGUCAGUUGAAGUGGCCGAGUUUGCUCGUUUGUUAUCAGCCGACAAGAACGUAUCUAGGUGGAGCUGGAUGUUUGCAACCCACAUGCAAUGGCACGCCAUUGCCUUUGUCCUGUCCGAGCUUUGCGUGCGCCCUUUAAGCCCUCUGACAGAUCGGGCCUGGGUCGCCGUGAGUACUCUAUACGGAGACUGGCUACGAACCGCAAAGCAAAGGAAAGGCAUGCUCUGGCGACCGCUAGCCCGGCUUAUGAAGCGCGCAGCCGCCUUCAGGGCCAAACAACGAGAAGAGCUUCAAGCUCAACUAGGAUACCCUCCACCGUCUCCACAAGAAACAUCUCUUUCCCUCAACCCCCCUCAAACCAUUAUGCAAGCGCCAUUCUUUGCACAUUUCCCCGAACUCCUAACUUCUGCAACCGCUACACAGGCCGGUGAAAGUCCGUAUCAAGGCACAAUGGACUUUGAUCUCAGUCAGGGCCCAAUUGAGGUUAUCAACGAGUUCUUCCCCGCCGGCAACUGGCUUGCUACUCCAAGCUCUCACACUUCGAGCGCUCCACAGCAGCCCACGACCACAGGCGCUGCGAUUAGCAUACCUAACGACCCCCCUCCUGGGAUGGCCCAAGACUCGUCUAAUUCGCGCCUGAACUGGGAAGAAUGGGAUCAAGUCAUGCGGGAUUUCCAAACGGACAUGCAAGAAGCGCAAGCGGCUCCAAUAGGCGACAUUACCAGCUGGGUCGCUUAAUUCAAUCGAGGACUUCGACUCCUUACUUUAUCUUUUACACGUCUUUUUCUGGCCGAGAAGGCCGAUUCUCCACUUCGAUAAUUGCCCUGGCGGCGUUUUAUGAGAUACCCACUGUUCGAUCAAUACAACCCCUGAAAUUGUGAUUCUUCCGGUGGGUACGACUGUUACGUCUUAAUGACCUGAUCUCCUCUCUAAAAAAAAAAAAAAGCCACUACCAC